AUGUCGACAACUACAACCGCUACCGAGACGGCUUCGCAGCCCACCUCGUCCACCGUCACGCUCGACUCGGCGCCGCUGACGGGCUACGACGAGGAGCAGAUCCGUCUCAUGGAGGAGCGAUGCAUCGUGCUCGACAACGACGACAAGUACCUCCGCGACGGCAGCAAGAAAGAGUGCCAUCUCAUGACCAACAUCAACAAGGGUCUUUUGCAUCGUGCCUUUUCUGUCUUCCUCUUCGACCCUUCAUCGGGCAAACUGUUGCUGCAACGACGGGCACCCGAGAAGAUUACGUUCCCCAACAUGUGGACCAACACGUGCUGCUCGCAUCCGUUGGCGAUCAAGGGCGAGCUCGAGGAGGCGGAGCAGAUCGGCGUGCGCCGGGCAGCGCAACGCAAGCUCGAUCACGAGUUGGGUAUUCCGGCGGAACAGGUGCCGUUGGAUCAGUUCCAGUAUCUGACGAGAAUCCACUACUUGGCACCCAACGGCGACGCCGAGAACAUGUGGGGUGAGCACGAGAUCGACUACAUCCUCUUCAUCACCGCCAAAGUCACGCUGGAGCCCAACAUGAACGAGGUCUGCGACACAAAGUGGGUCUCACCAGAAGAGCUGAAGGCGCUCAUGACCGAGUUGGACCCAGCAGCGUUUACGCCUUGGUUCAAGCUGAUCGUCCAGAAGUUCCUCUUCCCGUGGUGGAAGGACUUGCUGGCAAGGAGAGGCGACGAGUCCAAGCCCCUCGAUGCAAAGUCGUUGGCCACUCUGACCGACCACAGCAUCCACCGCAUGCUCUGA